AUGAUUCGCAAGUUGGUUAAAAUUGUUGGUGGAAAUGCAACGGACAUUAGUGAUGUACCAUAUCAAGUUUCAGUUGUAAUCAAUGGUAACACAUUAUGCGGAGGCAGUAUUUUAUCACAAGAUUGGGUUAUAACAGCAGCUCAUUGUAUUUACAAUGAAUCUGCAACAUCAAUUGUUGUGCACGCUGGUACUAAUAUUUGGUAUUCUGGUAUACCAUAUGGUGUAAGUAGAGUAUUUAGACAUCAAGAUUAUGAUCCUAAUACAUAUAUUAAUGAUGUUGCGCUAUUACUAUUAGUAAAUAGCAUUCAAUAUGAUUCAAAUACAUUUCCUAGACAACCCAUAGCAUUAGCUGAAACUUUACCAGCAGAUGGUACGCAAGUACUUGUAUCUGGUUAUGGCGAUACAUCAGAAAACGGAAAUUUAGCAACUACUUUAAUGUCUGUCUAUGUUAAUAUGGUAAAUGUUGAUUCAUGUAAUACGUCAUAUGCUGGUGAAGUUCUAGAUGGAAUGUUUUGUGCUGCUGCUCCGAAAAAAGAUUCAUGUCAAGGUGACUCUGGUGGACCUAUAGUAUAUAAUAAUACAUUGAUAGGUGUUGUAUCAUGGGGUUACGGUUGUGCAAAUCCUCAAUAUCCUGGUGUCUACACAAGCGUUCCUUAUUUUUACGACUGGAUAACAACCAUUUAUACUGCAACUAAUAAUGACUUAGUAUAA